CUAUGUCAUAGCAUAGCGACACAUUUUUUGAAAUUUCAUUUUGGAUUAGCAGAGCCAGAACAUCAAUAAAUUUUUGUCCUAUCAUUUUUUGCUCCUAGUGUUCGUGACGCUGUUGUUCAUCGGUCAGCAAAAUUAGUCGGACUGUUUGCCGCUUCAUAUUUUAGCCUGAACAAAAUUCAAGAAUCACUGGGUGCCAGCUGCCAGCAGCCAGAAUGGCAGCUGCAGUGCUGUUUCAGCGGACGAUAUUUGGUCGAAAAAGACUCACAGGAACGUUUGUUGUCUGAGCUUGCAGCGUGCGCACCAUGCGAUUCCUCAUCAGGAUGCGUUUCAUUCUCCCAUUUCUGGUCGGGGCAUUUGUCGCAUUCCUGGCUUCCAUUGCCUAUUGGAGAAGUAAUUGCCAGCCGAUAACCACUAAACUGAAACCUCGCGGCGCCUAUACCCAUGCAGCAUCAUCGGCCAAUGCAUCUUGGCAGAAGAUUCCCUGCAUUAUCAACGGCAAUCGCCGCAAUCCCGUCGACUGCCGUGUGGAACCCUCCAACGAGGUCUUCCUUCCAUUUUCCUUUAUUGCUCGCUAUUUUGAAAUAACCGGCAAGAUUGAAACGGACAAAAAAUCGCUGAACGCGGAGAAGUUCUUCAAUUGGCAGCAUAGCUACGCCAAAUUGAUUUUGCCUAAAUUGCCUUACGAGAGCGAUGGAAUUUUUAUGUCAUUUGACAAUUAUAAUGUUGAAGUGCGCGAUCGUGUCAAAUGCAUUAGUGCCAUAGAAGGAGUGCCUGUCUCGUCGCAAUGGUCGACUUCCGGACACGUUUAUCCCGUGCAAGUCGCCCAGUUCGGCCUGAGUCAUUACAGCAAGAACAUCUCGGAAGAGCGGCCACGGCAUCGGCUGGUAGCCAAUUUUGAGCGGGAUUUUGAUUUUGACGUGCCGCGGGGUUCCUACGCGGAGCGGAUUGAGGAUAGCGAAAAAGAAUUAUGGGUGCUGAAUUUUUCUGCUCCAGUGAAUUAUACCUCUCCCGGCAUACCCAUUCCAUUUCCGGAUACUGGUGAACCAUAUGUUAUUUUUGGCGUAAAAUUCUACCGUCACGGUGCCAUAAGCUUCCAUCUGGAAGUUCAGGAAACGGAGCGCACAACCUAUGAAUUAAUCUACGCAUGCGGCGCCGACACCAUUAGCACACAGGGCAACCGUGUGAUUUAUGGUCUGGGCUCCUGCUCCGAGUGGAAUUAUCUCGUGCGUGACGUGUAUGUUGACCUGAUUAAGGGCCUGAAUCUCUACUACAAGAAAUCCUCCAAGAAGGACAAAAUCCGCUUCAACAUGGCCCGCAUGCGCAUACAGCAGGCGGAACUGCACGGCCGGGGAUUACUGGACGGCUUAACGCUGGCGUCGUCCGCCCAUUCGGAGCUGUUUGAGAAAGCCGCCGACUGGCUGGUGAGGAGUCAGGAUACGGUGGGUGGAUGGCCCGUGACGGUCAAACGGAAGCUGGGCAGUGUGGAAUUGGAGCCGCCGUGGUAUUCGGCAAUGGCCCAGGGUCAGGCCAUGUCCACUCUGAUACGAGCGUAUAAGCGCUUGAAAAAUCACAAAUACCUCCAAGCCGCUGUGAAAGCGCUGGAUCUGUUCUCGAAAUCUUCGGAAGCCGGCGGGAUAUCGGCGGUCUUUAUGAAUAAGUUUGUCUGGUUUGAAGAGUACCCGACGAAUCCGCCGUCGUUCGUGUUAAACGGCUUUAUUUACGCUUUGCUGGGAUUGUAUGAUGUGAAAACGGUAGCGGAUGGAAAUGAUGCGGAGCGCAGCGGAAAGCUGUUCGAUACCGGUGUGGAAUCUCUGAAAGCGCUGCUGCCGUUGUACGAUACCGGCUCGGGAUCGGUGUACGAUCUGCGGCAUUUUACAUUGAAAGGGCCUCCGAAUUUAGCCCGGUGGGAUUACCAUUCAACACAUAUCACGCAGUUACAGGUUAUGAAUUCCAUUCAUCCCGAUCCAGUUUUUGCGGAUUUUGCUGAGCGUUGGGCGCAGUAUAUGAAGGGCCAGCGGGCUGAUCAUAAUUAGCGGUUUUAUAGAGUCAGACGAAUGCCAGCUGUUUGCAUCGACUAUUGUGGUCGGUUUUCAUUUGUCGAAUUUGGUAUUGAUGUGGGUGUUGCCGUGAAAUGUUGUAUUUUAAGAUAAUUGUUGAUGUGUCAAAAAUGCUUAAUUUUACUGUUUUACUUGUUUUUCAUCCUCUUAAAUUUGAUCUCGUGUACCUUGUUUGCAACGGAUGGUUUCUCCAAAGUUGUCGACUGUGAUUUGUAAAUAAGACAAGAUUCGCGCAGUAAAAUUAUUGUUGCAA